UAUGGACGUUUUAGUCAGUAUGUUGUGUUUCAAAAUUGCCAUCUUUCUCUGUUCGGGAGUGAGUGGAUUCCUGAUCGAUAGCUCGAACAGUCCACUCAAGAAUCCAGUCGCAACACAAUCCUCACAUAGAAACUGCAGUUUGAUAGAAGCAGAUGUUGUUUUUCUUCUUGAUGCAUCGGGAAGUGUUGGCUCGGCUAAUUUUUUCCAGCAACUAAAUCUUGUGAAGACCUUUGUUGAAAACUCUAAUAUUGGGCCUUCAAAUGUCCAAGUCAGUGUAGUAACUUUUUCAACAAGAGUUCAGGAAGUUUUCAAUUUGAGCAGAUACCAAUCAAAAGAAGCACUUUUAAGUUCUAUGAACACAAUUAAAUAUUCAACUGGGUCCACUCAUACAUCUGAAGCAAUCCUUUACGCUGUCCAGCACAGUUUCACUCAUGCGGCGGGAGACCGUCCACUAGUGCCUAAUUUCUUAUUUGUGGUGACAGAUGGACACUCAACCUUCCCUUCACACACAACAGGGGCGGCGAAUCUUGCUCACCAAGCUGGAAUAAUAACAUUUAUAAUAGGCAUCGGAAGCUCUGUAUCAAGACAAGAACUUCAGGAUAUCGCAACAAGCCCUCAACACGUUUUUCAAGUCCCAGAUUUUAAUGUUCUUUCUAAAUUACAUAGUGAGCUGACAACAAAGAUAUGUGAAGUCCCAAAGGCAAUUUCAACGACAACAAUCACGAGUACAGCAAUUGCGUCAUCAGUGAAUGCAUUAUCCAGCAGUGUUUUAUGCUCCAACAAAUUACCAAGGUGUGGGGUCUACGGACGCACAGUAUGUUCAUCAUACGUCACAUGGGCCAAAGUCAACUGUCCACUCUAUUGCGGCUUCUGUACCGUUUCAACCAUGUAUGUGACAAUACCUACGAAAGCUACGACUACUUCUAUGGACACUACGAAAACAUCUCCAACAACAACACUUCCAUCAUCGACUACUAAAACAGAGUUAACGUGUCCUGCAUGUGAUGAAAAUCUAAACUGUGUUUGGAAUCGGGCAUGUUUCCAUGGAGAAGUUUGCAUGAUUCGCCAAUAUCACAACACACCGUUCACAGUGCAUUGUUCGAAGAAACAAGACUGCAUCUUUAUGAAGACUUUUGUGAAAGGUGCAGAGAUAAUGUGUUGCGAGGAUCAUCAGUGCAUCUCCCAUAUCGUGUCAUAGGAGUACAACCAGAUACAUGAACUGUCAGAUAUGCUGAAGUUAAUGUUUUUAAAAUACAAAUGGGGUGUUUUAUUAAAGUUUAGUCCUCAAUUGUUUGCACUUUCCAAUCCUCAUU